GGCGCGCGCUGGCGCCAGGACGCCCAGGGCUAGAGCCACACGUGCGCCCCGAGCGCGAGCGCCGGGGCCGCGGGGGCCUCGCCAGCCCCAGCCCCCGCCCUCAUACCGGCGACGCGCGGAAAAUUACAGAGGUGUGUUCCAGAGUUGACUGUUCAUGGCACAAACAAAUGGAGGGUGUUCACUGGCACUUAUUUUUAUCAUUGUGUUGUUGUUGGCUAAAGCAAAUAUAGAUGUAUGCAAGAGAGGAGAUGUGACCGUGAAGCCUUCCCGUGUAAUUUCACUUGGAUCAGCUGUCAAUAUUUCAUGCUCUUUGAAGCCUGAACAAGGCUGCUCACAAUACCCCAGUGUUAACAGGUUAAUCCUCUACAAGUUUGACAGACAAAUCCAUUUUCUGCAUGGUUACUCCCUCAGUUCUCAAGUCACUGGUCUUCCUCUGGGUACAACCCUGUUUCUCUGCAAAUUGGCAUGUAGCAAAAACAAGGAGUUUCGAAUAUGUGGGGCAGAGAUCUCAGUUGGUGUUGUUCCAGAACAGCCUCAAAACUUAUCUUGUAUACAGAAGGGAGAACAUGGGACUGUAACCUGCAUCUGGGACAGAGGACGAGACACCCACCUAUAUACUGCAUAUACUUUACAGCUAACUGGACCAAAAAAUUUCACUUGGCAGAGGCAAUGUAAUGAUCAUUAUUGUGACCAUUUGGACCUUGGAAUUAACCUAACCCCUGAAUUGCCUGAAUCCAGUUACACAGCCAAGGUUACUGCUACAAAUAGUCUUGGAAAUGCUUCUUCAGUUCCAUCCACAUUUACAUUCUUGGACAUAGUGAGGCCUCUUCCUCCAUGGGACAUCAGCAUCAAAUGUGUAAAUGCUUCUGUGAGCAGAUGUAUCCUUCAGUGGAGAGAUGAGGUGCUGGUGUUGCUUAAUCGACUCAGAUAUCGGCCCAACAGCAGCAGGUCCUGGACUAUGGUCAAUGCUACAAAUGCCAAAGGAAGACAGGAUCUGCUGGAUCUGAAACCAUUUACAGAGUAUGAAUUUCAGAUUUCUUCUAAGUUACAUCUAUAUAAAGGUAGUUGGAGUGAUUGGAGUGAACCAUUCAGGACACAAACACCAGAAGAAGAGCCUACUGGGACAUUAGAUGUCUGGUACAUGAAACAACCCAUUGACUACAAUAGACAACAGAUUUCUCUUUUCUGGAAGAAUAUGAGUGUAUCUGAGGCAAGAGGGAAAAUCCUCCACUAUCUAGUGACCUUGCAGGAGGUGGCAGGGGGGAAAGUCACAAUGCAGAACAUCACAGAACACACCUCCUGGACCUGGAUCAUUCCCAGAACUGGAAACUGGGCUGCAACUGUGUCUGCAACCAACUCAAAAGGCAGUUCCCCGCCUACUCGUAUUAACAUAACGGACCUGUGUGAGGCAGAGUUGUUGGCUCCUCGUCAGGUCUCUGCAAACUCAGAGGGCGUGGACAACAUGAUGGUGACCUGGGAGCCCCCUGGGAAAGCCGCCCCUGCUGUCCAGGAGUAUGUGGUGGAAUGGAGGGAGCCCCAUUCCGGGAGUGACACGCAGCCCCCUCUAAACUGGCUGCGGAGCCCCCCCUACAAUGUGUCUGCUUUGAUUCCAGGGAACAUAAAACCCUACAGCUGUUAUGAAAUCUGCGUGUGUGCACUGUCGGGGGACCAGAGAGGAUGCAGCUCCAUCCGGAGUAACUCUAAGCACAAAGCACCACUGAGUGGCCCCCACAUUAAUGCCAUCUCAGAGGAAAAGGGGAACAUUGUGAUUUCAUGGAACGAAAUUCCAGCCCAGGAGCAAAUGGGUUGCAUCCUCCAUUACAGGAUAUACUGGAAGGAACAGGACUCUAAUUCCCAGCCUCAACUUUGUGAAAUUCCCUAUAGGGUAUCCCCAAAUUCACAUUCAAUAGACAGCCUGCAGCCCGGAGUAACAUAUGUCCUGUGGAUAACAGCUCUGACAGCUGCUGGUGAAAGCCCCCCAGGAAACAAGAGGGAAUUUCAUCUGCAAGGUAAAGCCAAUUGGAGUGUGUUUGUGGCACCAAGCAUUUGCGUUGCUGUCGUCAUAGUGGGCAUUUUCUCAACGCGUUACUUCCGGCAAAAGGUAUUUGUUCUCCUUUCAGCCCUCAGACCUCAGUGGUGUAGUAAAGAAAUUCCAGACCCAGCCAAUAGUACUUGGGCCAAGAAAUACCCUACUGUGGAGGAGAAGAUGCAGCUACCCUUGGACAGGCUCCUGACAGACUGGCCCACUCCUGAAGAACCUGAGCCUCUGGUCAUCAGUGAAGUCCUGCCAGAUCAAGUGACCCCAGUCUUCAGACAUCCUCAUCACCCCAACUGGCCAGACAAGAGACAAGAAAUCCAAGGUCACUAUACCUCUGAGGAAGACACAGGAUAUAGUGCCUCAAGCCUACCACCUCCCAAAGCUCUCAUAGCAGAGACAGGACUAGUGGAUCUGUACAAGAUGUUGGGGAGCAGGAGCCCUGACUCAAAGCCGGGACACCUAGCUGGCCCUGUGACAGUACUCCCAGUGGACUACCUUCCCACCCAUGAGGGAUACUUACCCUCCAACAUAGAGUAUCUUCCUUCACAUGAAGCUCCUAUAACUGAUCCUCUGGAAGAACUAAAGCCUCAGCACAUCUCUCUUUCCAUUUUCCCCUCAAGUUCUCUUCACCCACUCACCUUUUCCUGUGAUAAGCAGCUAACUCUGGAUCGGUUAAAGAUGGGGUGCAGCUCCCUCAUGCUGUGA